AUGGCUAAUGAUGAAGUUGAUGCGCUCGAUGCACUUGAAAAGGAAGCCAAGGAGUAUGACAAGGAUGCCGAAAUUGACCGUAUUCUCAAAGCCUUCAAGCUUGAUGCAUAUGCCGUCCUUGAUAUUCAGCCCGGUGUGCCCGAGUCCCAGAUCAAGGUUAUGUACCGCAAAAAGUCGUUGCUCAUUCAUCCUGACAAAACGAAAAAUCCGCAAGCACCUGAGGCGUUUGAUAGGCUGAAAAAGGCCGAAGCUACACUGAUGGAUGAAAAACUGCGCAAACACCUCGAUGAAUGUAUUUCAGAUGCCCGUCAGUUACUGAUCAGACAGAAGAAGCUUUCGAUCGACGACGAAGAGCUCAAAACAGACGAAUUUCUAAAAGAGUGGAGACGAAAGACUGUCGAAGUGCUAAUCGAUGCUGAAGCUCGUCGCAGACGACAGAUGAAAGCCCAGAUGCAAGAGGAAGGCCGCGAGCAAGCUAAAGCAGACGCUGAGCUGGAAGAAAGGAAACGAAAGCGUGACCAUGAGAAGAACUGGGAGAACACUCGUGAGACGAGAAUCGACAGUUGGCGGGACUUUCAAAAGGUCGAAGCCAAGAAGAAGGACGGCAAGAAAAGGAAGAUGAAGGUCAUUGGCUAA